AUGAAAGUCCAUUAUAUUAAUAUAUUAUUGUUUGCUAUUCCAUUAAAUAUAUUGAUAUAUAAUCAAAGGAACCAUAAAAGCACCACACAUCAUACAUUAAAAAUACCAAUCACUAGAUUAUUAUGCGAAUGUGAAUUAUAUUCACCUGUCAAUUAUGACAAUGACCCACAAAUGAAAGAAGUGAUGGAAAAUUUCAAUAAACAGACACAACAAAGAUUUGAAGAAUACGACGAAAGGAUGAAAACUACACGCCAAAAAUGUAAAGAACAAUGCGAUAAAGAAAUACAAAAAAUUAUAUUAAAAGAUAAAUUAGAAAAGGAAUUAAUGGACAAAUUUGCUACGUUACACACGGAUGUACAAAGUGACGCCAUUCCAACAUGUAUUUGCGAAAAAUCGGUAUCAGAAAAAGUGGAAAAAGGAUGUUUGGAGUGUGGAGGAAUAUUAGGUGCGGCGAUGCCUGAAUUGGGAUCGAUAGGUGGAAGUCUUUUAUAUGCUCUAAGUAAGUGGCAAACUACAGAAAUUGCUACUGCUAUUGCAGCAGCUCAAAAAGCAGGUAUAGAUGCCGCUACGCAAGCUGGUAUGAAUGCUGUCAGACUUAAAAUUAAAGAAUGGUAUGUCUAUUUUAGUACAGAAAAAAUUGUCGAUUUCACAUCAGUUGUUAAGGAAUCAAAUUUUAGUUCUGCUUCUGCUCUACAUGAAAGUGCUAUGAACCUGCUUAAUAAUUACUGUAAUUUCAACGGAAAUCUAAGAAGGGGUUAUUUUUGUAGUACGAUAAAGUACGGUGACAAAACUACGUUUCCACCUUUCGCACAAGCUGGUACUGAAGCAUAUAAUGCAACAUUACCAACCAAAACAGCAGCAUUUGAAACAAAAUACAUAGAUGGGGUAAACACUGCAUAUGGAGGUUACCAGACUGCUAUUAUUGCUUCCAUCGUUGCAAUAGUGGUCAUAGUUUUAAUUAUGGUGAUCAUAUAUUUGAUUUUACGUUAUCGCAGAAAAAAAAAAAUGAAGAAAAAACUUCAAUAUAUAAAAUUAUUAGAAGAAUAG